ACCAUGCACGUGUGUACGAGAGAUGCUGCCAAGCUGAAUUAAUCGAUGGUUAUAAUAUAAUGCGAGGUGUAUUAACGGCUAAAUUGGAUCUGUAUAAAAAUCUAGCCUCAUUGAUCACACAAUUUCGCAGCAGACAUAUACAACCGAAACACGUACUAAAAAUGAACGAGGCAUUUCUUCGUUACGAGAAAGGCAGUGAUGUAUUCGACAUUUCGUUUCGCUAUGUCGAUGAAACGACGAAAGUCGACCGUCAGUUCAACUUCUCUAGACAAGCAUCAGAAACUGUAAACAAUUUCCUCAAGAGAGUCGACACGAACGUUUGCAAGAUUGUAAACAGAAAGGUGGAAAGAAAGAGGAAGAAAGAUAUCGCUUCUGAAAUAGCUAGUCUGCCAAGAGAUAAUGUAGAAACUGGAAAGAUUAUGCUUCUAAAGGACGACAUUUUAGUGGAUGGCAGUGUGUUGUGCGAGAGCGUUUUGCAAGACUCUGCAGAGCUUAAACUAGUUAUCUUCGAAAAAAUGUUUUUAGUGAAGCGAAACGCACCUUUUAUCAUCAACAUUUCAUUGCCAUCAAGCAUACUAGUGGAUUUUCCGACAUAUCCAUCUAAAUUUGAGUCACUCUACACCGACAAGAAACGAUCAAUAUUCAACUGGUACAGAAAUGAAGCUAUUAAUAACAAGCCAGAUUUAUGGACACAUGUAGGCAAAGGAUAUCUUUACGUACCAACUACAUUCGACAUCGGCUGCAAUUUGAAAAUUAGUUGCGAACCGUGGAAUGAAUCGGAUUCUGGUUGUAUCACAGAAGUAGAGUCAAAGGGUGUUGUGGAGGCUGGCCCUGGACCGUGUCCAUUCGACAUUCGACACCAGUUUACACAACAUAAGUUAUCUGAUAAAAGUUUCAGGGUGAUGUCUUAUAACAUAUUGGCGGAUACAUAUGCUGAUUCUGAUUUUUCCAAGGACGUGUUAUAUCCAUAUUGUCCACAAUAUGCAUUAGAUAUGGAUUACAGAAAGCAAUUGAUACUCAAAGAAAUAAUAGGAUUUAAUAGUGAUAUAAUUUGCUUGCAAGAGGUAGAUAAAAGUGUGUACGAGAAUGACUUAUUGCCAUCUCUAUACAUGCUAAAUUAUGAUGGCAUGUUUGUCACAAAGAACGAAAUUAGCGAGGGACUUGCCACAUUUUUUAAUCAAGAAAGGUUCGAGAAAUUAGGAUUUGAAUUCAUUGUAAUGGCUCAAAAUACUGAUUUUCCGAAAUUUACCGAAAUUUGGUCUAAGAUCGACAACAAAAAGACAAAGGACAGAUUUUUGAGUAGAAAUACAACCAUCCAGGUAACAACGUUACGAUCCAAAGAAAAUGAGUCUGAAAUUUUGCUCAUCGGUAACACGCAUUUAUACUUUAAACCCGAUGCGGAUCACAUACGUUUGUUGCAAGGAUAUUUCGCGAUUGCAUACGUACACGAGAUACUAAAGAAGACACAAGAAGAGAAUCCCGAGUGCAACGUGAGUAUAAUACUGUGUGGAGACUUUAACAGUACGCCAGAAUGCGGCAUUUAUCAACUGAUGACUGAAAAUUACGUUCCGGAAACCUGCGAGGAUUGGAGAAGUAAUGCUGAGGAAGCCAUAGAAAAUAUAUCCCUGACACAAGAUUUCUGCAUGUCUAGCGCUUGCGGGACACCGGAGUACACAAACUACACGCCGGAAUUUUCCGGUUGUUUGGACUAUAUAUUCUAUGAGAGAGACAAGUUCGAAAUACAGCAAGUAAUUCCGUUGCCCAAUAAGGACGAGCUUACUCUUCAUACAGGUUUGCCGUCUGUAGUAUUUCCUAGCGAUCAUAUAUCUCUAUGUGCCGAUUUGAAAUUAAAAGAAUAAUAAACACAUCAACAUACUAUACACAUAUUAGGUUUGUACACUAAGAGAUCAGUUUAAUGUCAAUUUUUACAUACCAACUCUCUAUUUUUUAUUCGAAAAUUUAAUAUCGUCAUCUACUUACUAUACUAAUUCUGGCUUGUUGAAGGAUCAAUUUAUUAAAGAUUGAUUCUCUAUUCCACUCUUCGACAAAAUCUGGCAGAUUUUCGUAAUAAACGGUCAAACAAUCAAGUGUAUGCUAAUUAAAUCUAUCUGGCAAAAUGUAAAAGUAAUAUGUACACAUAUAAAAGAGCUUGCGUAUUUAUCAAAUGUUAAUAUGUAAUUUGUAACAUCAGUAUAAAUUUCAUUGAAUGCUCUAUAUAUAUUUUGUAAUUCUACAAUAUUUUAAUUAUUUACUCUGUUCAUUAUUUAAAAAUUAAUAAUCUUUCAUGUUGCCAGAUCAAUUUAUCAGUUAACUAUUGAAUUUAUAUUGAUAUUUGUAAAAUCAUCAUUUUGUAAAAUUUAAAUUACCUUUUUUUAUAAAUAUAUGUAGGUUGAGGUAUGUGAAUCAUAUUGGAAACAUCCUCAACAAGCAGAAGAGCAAUAGAAGAGAUAUAAAGUUCAUAUUUUCUAUAAUAGUAGUUAUGUAAUUUUAUCAUCUUGUUCAAUCGAAUAAUAUCAAUUGAAAAGAUGUUGAAAAUAAUAGGUAUUCUAAAAUAAAAAAGUUUCUAAAAUUAUAAGUCUGUAAUCUGUAAGAAAACAGUAUGUUGAUUAGGAGAAAUAUAUAUUAGGAAUGCAAUAAG